AUGAGAUCACCUGCAGAAUGGACAAUCAUAGCCUACUAUGAUAUAAGUUUUCUACAGUUAGAGGUCGAAUUUAUCAAGAAUGCAACUAAUUCACUGGCAACCAUAUGCGACCAAAUGAAUGGUUAUAACGACUGCUGGAUCUUAGUUGACCAAUUUAAAAUGACAAACUUAGAAAUGUUGUCAGCUAGUAUGAUACUACAACCUAAACGAAAGAAGAGAGGUGCCAUAGACAUCAUUGGUAACGUCGCAAAUGCGGUGUUUGGUGUUCUGGAUUCUGAGUAUGCUAAACAAAUGGCGCAGACCAUCCAACAAUUAAAAGACAACGAUGGACACCUCAUUCAUCUAUUGAAGAAUCAAACGUCAAUAUUAGAUUCCACAAUAAAUAUCAUGAAGAAAGAUCGCCAAUUCGCGCAAUCAACCUUCGAACUAACAGUCAAACGGAUGACUGACUUACAGAAUAAAAUACAAAAAGACGAAGAUGAGAUUUCUCUUCUUAAACUAUAUCAAUUAUUUACCGCAAUCGCAACUCAAUUGCUGAGUGUAACCACCAACGUGCAAUUUUACGAGACCGCAAUUUUAGGCGUGUUAACUGAUACCAAUCAUGGUAAAAUCAGUCCACUUCUGCUGACACCAGUGCAGCUAAAUAAUGAAAUAACUACGAUUCGCGAGCAUCUCAAUCCAGCCACACAUCUGCCAGGGAAUACGAGCAACAUAGUUGGACUCUAUUCGUUAAUGACUGUCACUAGCGGUCUAGUCGACACCAAAAUUCUGUUUCGAAUAACACUGCCGAUAGUCAGGGAUCAAACAUUUGAUUUGUUCUCUGUGAUUCCAAUACCAGGGGUUAGAAACAGCAUCUAUCAACAAAUAACACCGAUGUACAAGCAGAUCAAGCUGAAGACGCGCCACGAAAACGCGCAAAACUCGAUAACAACAAUCAAUAUCCGAAUUCAAAGUUGA